AUGAGACAGGACGGGAGAGUCGACAAGGAGAGUAUCUCCAUCAUGUUCUCUGCUCUUUCCACGUCCAUCCAGAGCAGGUUGCCGCCUCUACCUUCGAUCCGGAGGUCCAUGACCGGCGGCCCCUUUCUUUCCCCCUUCGCCUCAGGCGCAACGACGCCCAAUUCAGAAGCCGAGUCCCUCUUUUCCGAGCAGACGAGGGUGGAUGGAUCUGCUGUCGCAGAGGCAUUGGCUCUCCAUGAUGGCAGCGUCGUCGCCCUCAUGAGCGAUUUCGCCGGCACCCCCACAGCCCUCUCACAACGCUCUGGAGUAGACUGGAGGUGCGGGCAACAAGGAAUCUAUCUUGUAACCAGUGCCGGACAGGAAUCCAGGCAGGUCCUCGACCAGAACCACAGCGCCAAGUUUGAGAGGGGCGCCUAUAUCGACGGCUUGUCCUACUUACUCAAAGGCCUACCCACGGAUCUAGACCAGGCUGAGGUGAUGGCUCUCCAAAGAGCGAUACCGGCCCCUCUCGCACAUUCGAUAGCGCCUCCAGGAGAGUCGAGACACACCUUAACCGCCCGAGGUCCUGGUGGCCGGCGGUCGAUAUUGCACAGGGGAAUGCAGCUGCUUGUGGCACAGGCCAUAGUGUGGUUCUGUGUCGCAUGGCCCUACAUUCUCUUCCUGCUUCAGCAGAUAGCCCUCUAUGAGAGGAGGUACAAGAUAUCCGAGAAAUUUGUUGGGCGAAGCAUAGAGCUCGCAAACAGCUUCGCCAGGCACGGCAUGAGCGCAUCAAUCGCUGUCUGCAGCAUGGGUGACGGGAAGGUGGGACAAGUGCUGACAGAUGCCCUUUCGUGGACUAUCCAGGGCAUGGCUGGGGGGUUUUCUGAUGGAGUCGAGGACGGUUGGUCGAGGGUGGGAGCACGGCGUUAA